UUGCCGUGGGCGCCGUCGUUCGGGAAAGGGGCGCGCUGACUUGUUAAACGCUUGUUGAAUUCGGGCUUUGGGCGGGUCUGAGAGGUGCCCCCGCGUCAGCGUCGCUGCCUGCUGCGAAGCCCUUUUUAGCUCCAGACCCCCGAAGAGUUCAUUUGAUUCUCGCGAGCCUGACCUAAUGUAUCUCUUCAGCUUCUGCCGUUGAUGGCGGGAGUGAAGCUGGCCUUAAAAUCGCUCUCAGACUAGAAGAUGAAUAAUCUUUCCUUUAGUGAACUGUGUUGCCUGUUCUGUUGUCCACCGUGCCCAGGGAAAAUUGCCUCCAAACUGGCAUUCUUACCUCCUGAUCCCACGUACACACUGAUGUGUGAUGAGAGUGGUAGUCGCUGGACUUUACAUCUCUCAGAGCGAGCAGACUGGCAAUAUUCUUCCAGAGAAAAAGAUGCCAUUGAGUGCUUCAUGACUAGAACAAGUAAAGGUAACAGGAUUGCCUGUAUGUUUGUGCGUUGCUCGCCUAACGCCAAGUAUACUUUGCUCUUCUCACACGGAAAUGCUGUUGACCUAGGUCAGAUGAGCAGCUUUUACAUAGGACUGGGUUCACGGAUUAAUUGCAACAUAUUCUCAUAUGAUUAUUCUGGAUAUGGUGCAAGUUCUGGGAAGCCAACAGAGAAGAAUCUGUAUGCUGACAUUGAUGCUGCUUGGGUGGCUCUUAGGACAAGGUAUGGAAUCCGCCCUGAAAAUGUGAUUAUAUAUGGCCAGAGUAUAGGAACAGUACCAUCUGUGGAUCUUGCUGCUAGGUAUGAAAGCGCUGCUGUAAUUCUUCAUUCUCCACUGACCUCAGGAAUGCGAGUAGCUUUUCCUGAUACGAAGAAGACCUAUUGCUUUGAUGCAUUCCCGAACAUUGACAAAAUUUCUAAAAUAACAUCUCCUGUGUUAAUAAUCCAUGGGACUGAAGAUGAAGUAAUUGACUUUUCACAUGGCCUAGCAUUAUUUGAGCGUUGCCAGAGACCUGUAGAACCGCUGUGGGUAGAAGGAGCGGGACAUAAUGAUGUGGAACUCUAUGGACAGUACCUUGAAAGAUUAAAACAGUUUGUGUCACAGGAACUGGUGAACUUGUAACUUUCUUUGUAUAUUUACAUGCUUUUUCAUAUCACUGCAGAACUGCACACCGUGAUAAAUAAGUAACAAAACCUGAAGGUUGUGUUUUCAAAUCAUCUUGGUUGCCUUCAUUAAAUGUACAGGUAAUGAUUUGUCAACAUAAUUAAUGAAGGGUUUAAUGCCAGUAUUAUAAACUGGAAUUACAUGAUCACGUAGUCAAGCUUGGCAGUUUAUAUUACUUUAUGUAAGAUUUUUUUCCUCCUUAGAUGUACAAAAAGAAUUCACAAGGAGUACUGUAUGAAAUUUUAAUUAUAUAAAAUCAAAUGCUGUAAAAGUGUUGCCAAAUGCUUUAGCAUAUCAAAUACAAGUUUAUAAAUAUUUUUUAGACAUCUCAAAAUGUACUGUGACUUACUCUGUUGCACAGGUGUAAUUUAAAAAACAGACUUCUAAGCAGGUGUUCUGUAAAAAUACAAUAGCCAUGAAAUUUGAGCAAAUACUAAUGUAUGUAAUAAGAAUAGACAGUCACUGGAAAUGACCCAUGCCCUGUUACAGGGGGAGGGGGUCAAAAUAGAUCUCUCUUCCCAUAUUUUUCAUAUCUUUUUGUGCCUAGUUUUACUUUAGUUGUUUUGUUCUUGUGUUGUCCCUUACCUUUCAGGUUAAAUACAGCCACUAAUCUUCUCAGCAAACCUAAUCUUGCCAAAAUAAUGCCACAAGUUAUCAUUGUUGUAACAUAAAUAUCAUUCACAUGAUUGCUACUGAUGCCACUAAGUACCUCACUGAAACAGUAAGACUUUUAGAAUGUAGAAGGCUUUGUGGACAAUGUAGUUUCAAACAUUGAUUGCGUAGAGACGCAAUAUUUCAUUCGAAAAAACGUGGAAGUUUAUCCAACUUUUGUAAUAAACAAUUUGCAAGUUUGCAGUUGCCUGAUCAGACUUACUUUUGGAUGUUUAGUGUAAAAGCUUACUGGGUUUUGAGUAUUGUAUGGAAAUUUUACUAAUCACAUCUGGAUGGGGUGGGGGGAGGGGCAAGAAGAGAAUGUUGACAUUUUUCUAUUAACUCAUAGUAAAAUAAACUUUAUAAGUUGCCUUUCCCUUGAAUGCAUUUUGCUUGGAAAAAAAAAAACUAUGAAAAAUAAACUUAAUGAUAUGUAGCCUAUUUGUAAACAAAGUAAUACUCCAACAAUACACACUGUGCUUCUAAUUUUAAGGCCUUACGUAGUUUAAUUGUUCUGCUUGUUUUUUGUGAUUGAGACUAUUGUAUACUUAAAUGUAGCUUCAAGUAUUGUGAAAACUUUGGUUAAGAUGUGUUGUUUAACAGUAAACCAUAUUCCACACACUUGUUGUUCUUCCUUUUUUUUAUUUUAAAGAAAUCACAACAGUUGCUUGCCAUAUCAAAGUAAUGAGCAGCUCCCUAUGUACCCUAGGAAAUCAGAACUAAAGCAGUAACCCGUUGUUAUGAAUUGUCAGCACACUUUUUUAUUUCUUUAUCAGCAUCUGUUCUGAUUGCCUUCCCACCCCUUCACCUCAUCUUACUUCUUUCUGCCAUUCAGCAUACAGGUUUUCUGCUGCAGAGCUACUUAUAAACAUGCUUCUGUAAUGAUUUCAGUUUUAGCUUCCAAAUCAUCAGUGACGUCUUGUCUUUUGCUCUCUGGUUUGUUAAUUGAAUAGAAAGAAAUUGGUAUUUGUUCUCAAGCAACUGGGUUCUUGGUUGUCUUUUUGAUCAAGUAUGCUUUAAUGUGUUCUGAGCUUCAAAUUAGUAUUGAGGCACAACACUAUUAGACUUAAAGGGUUUCAUCCUAAUAAAAGAUUUUGCAAUUGGAAGUGUGCUUAAAUAGAUUGGUAACUCAGCUUUAUUACAUUGUACUGUAUACAUAGUUUGAUUUCAUUUUUUACUACCUUCCAGCAACUAUCUCUGAUUUAGAUGGAAAUCGUUACCAUUAAGCGCUUAAGUGCUUUCUUUGUGAUGAAUGAAAUCUGUUUUGAGAGUCCUCUUCAGAAAUUCACAAAUAAAGAAUGUAGAACUGCAAUAACUGAUACAGAUUGGCUGAUAGUACUGCAAAUUGCAGGCAAAUGAUCAAGUGUAAUCAGAAUAACUAUCCGAUUGUGCUAGGGAAUAUUAUGGCACCCUGUAAUUGAAAAGACACAAAAGGUGGCAUAGCAGUUCCGAUGCUUUUGUUUCUGUGUUUUGUUGAAGCAGAACAAAAGGCCUGACUAAACAGUGUUUUGUCUUCAGUAGAUGCAGCUGUGCAGAUUACACUGGUGAGUAAAAGUUCUGGUCUCUUUGGGACCACUUAUGCAUGGUUAAUUAUUGCCAGUUUGUUCUGACUGGUCUGAAAAAUCUAGGUGUAAAAUACGAGUUGUUUACUGAAGGAAUUAAAAUUGAGUUUAGGCAAAGCCUAGCUUGUAUUGAGAAUCGUAUUACGGCAACAGACUUGUUACCAACAUAAAGCAACUCUGAGCUAUUGCAGCUAGGAGGAAAACAAUUGACAUAGUGGCUGUCUUGUCCUUAAACCAUCAUUUUGGUGAUAUUGACAAUGGGCUGUUGUUUUAUAUUAUAAAUGCAAUUGUCUCAU